AUGAUAUUAAAUACCGCCAGCUUUCUGCUGAUCCUAGCCACCCAGGCAUGGGGUCAAUCAAUAAAAAUAAGGAUACCUGUAUGGGAUGCUUCAACCUUAUUUACGCGACUCACGGGAAUUGGAGCCAAUUCAGAAAACUCUAACAACCAAAGUCCACCCAAUAACAACGCACAAAAUAACAAUCAGCAGAAUGAAGAAUACAACGAUUAUCUACUAGACUAUUACAAUAACUACUGGGCUAAUGCAUAUCUCAAUCCAGCGUAUAACGACCCAUAUGGAUAUUAUGGACUCUACGGACCAUAUGGACCAUACGGACCAUACGGAUCUUUUAAUCCAAACGAAGAUCAAAAUACAACACCAUUCCCAUUACCUACAACUACGGCCGCGCCGACCACAACGCCGACUCCGACUCAAUCAUCAACGACACCUACAACUGUAGCCGCUAUAUGUUCAGUUUUUCCAAAUCUUCCAGCUUGUCAAACAUCAACUACUGCCACCUCUACAACAACAACAGAAAGUCCAACUAUUUCUACAUCUAUUCCAACAUCCACUACGACUGAUUCCACAACAACAUCUACUGCCAGCCCUACUACGACAACCGGAAGUGCAACCACAUCUACAGCUAUUCCAACAUCCACAACGACUGAAUCCACAACAACAUCUACUGCCAGCUCUACUACGACAACCGAAAGUCGAACUUCUACUACAGCGAUUCCAACAUCCACUACUAUUGAUUCCACGACAACAUCUACUGCCAGCUCUACUACGACAACCGGAAGUGCAACCACAUCUACAGCUAUUCCAACAUCCACUACGACUGAUUCCACAACAACAUCUACUGCCAGCUCUACUACGACAACCGAAAGUCCAACUUCUACUACAGCGAUUCCAACAUCCACUACGACUGAUUCCACAACAACAUCUACUGCCAGCUCUACUACGACAACCGAAAGUGCAACCACAUCUACAGCUAUUCCAACAUCCACAACGACUGAAUCCACAACAACAUCUACUGCCAGCUCUACAACAACAACAGAAAGUCCAACUACUUCUACAGCGAUUCCAACAUCCACUACUACUGAUUCCACGACAACAUCUACUGCCAGCUCUACAACGACAACAGAAAGUGCAACCACAUCUACAGCGAUUCCGACAUCCACUACGACUGAUUCCACAACAUCUUCUGCCAGCUCUACUACGACAACAGAAAGUGCAACCACAUCUACAGAUACUCCAACAUCCACUACAACUGAUUCCACAACAACAUCUACUGCCAGCUCUACCACGACAACCGAAAGUCCAACUUCUACUACAGCGAUUCCAACAACCACUACUACUGAUUCCACGACAACAUCUACUGCCAGCUCUACAACGACAACCGAAAGUGCAACCACAUCUACAGCUAUUCCAACAUCCACAACGACUGAAUCCACAACAACAUCUUCUGCCAGCUCUACUACGACAACCGAAAGUGCAACCACAUCUACAGCUAUUCCAACAUCCACUACUACUGAUUCCACAACAACAUCUACUGCCAGCUCUACCACGACAACCGAAAGUCCAACUUCUACUACAGCGAUUCCAACAACCACUACUACUGAUUCCACGACAACAUCUACUGCCAGCUCUACAACGACAACCGAAAGUGCAACCACAUCUACAGCUAUUCCAACAUCCACAACGACUGAUUCCACAACAACAUCUACUGCCAGCAUUACCACGACAACCGAAAGUCCAACUUCUACUACAGCGAUUCCAACAUCCACUACUACUGAUUCCACGACAACAUCUACUGCCAGCUCUACAACGACAACAGAAAGUGCAACCACAUCUACAGCUAUUCCAACAUCCACUACGACUGAUUCCACAACAACAUCUACUGCCAGCCCUACAACGACAACCGAAAGUGCAACCACAUCUACAGCUAUUCCAACAUCCACUACGACUGAUUCCACAACAACAUCUACUGCCAGCUCUACCACGACAACCGGAAGUCCAACUUCUACUACAGCGAUUCCAACAACCACUACUACUGAUUCCACGACAACAUCUACUGCCAGCUCUACAACGACAACAGAAAGUGCAACCACAUCUACAGCUAUUCCAACAUCCACUACGACUGAUUCCACAACAACAUCUACUGCCAGCCCUACAACGACAACCGAAAGUGCAACCACAUCUACAGCUAUUCCAACAUCCACUACGACUGAUUCCACAACAACAUCUACUGCCAGCUUUACCACGACAACCGAAAGUCCAACUUCUACUACAGCGAUUCCAACAUCCACUACUACUGAUUCCACGACAACAUCUACUGCCAGCUCUACAACGACAACAGAAAGUGCAACAACAUCUACAGCGAUUCCAACAUCCACAACGACUGAUUCCUCAACAACAUCUACUGCCAGCUCUACUACGACAACCGAAAGUGCAACCACAUCUACAGCUAUUCCAACAUCCACUACGACUGAUUCCACAACAACAUCUACUGCCAGCUCUACCACGACAACCGAAAGUCCAACUUCUACUACAGCGAUUCCAACAUCCACUGCUACUGAUUCCACGACAACAUCUACUGCCAGCUCUACAACGACAACAGAAAGUGCAACCACAUCUACAGCGAUUCCGACAUCCACUACGACUGAUUCCACAACAUCUUCUGCCAGCUCUACUACGACAACAGAAAGUGCAACCACAUCUACAGCUACUCCAACAUCCACUACAACUGAUUCCACAACAACAUCUACUGCCAGCUCUACCACGACAACCGAAAGUCCAACUUCUACUACAGCGAUUCCAACAACCACUACUACUGAUUCCACGACAACAUCUACUGCCAGCUCUACAACGACAACCGAAAGUGCAACCACAUCUACAGCUAUUCCAACAUCCACAACGACUGAAUCCACAACAACAUCUUCUGCCAGCUCUACUACGACAACCGAAAGUGCAACCACAUCUACAGCUAUUCCAACAUCCACUACUACUGAUUCCACAACAACAUCUACUGCCAGCUCUACCACGACAACCGGAACGAUUCCAACAUCCACUACUACUGAUUCCACGACAACAUCUACUGCCAGCUCUACAACGACAACAGAAAGUGCAACCACAUCUACAGCUAUUCCAACAUCCACUACGACUGAUUCCACAACAACAUCUACUGCCAGCCCUACAACGACAACCGAAAGUGCAACCACAUCUACAGCUAUUCCAACAUCCACUACGACUGAUUCCACAACAACAUCUACUGCCAGCUUUACCACGACAACCGAAAGUCCAACUUCUACUACAGCGAUUCCAACAUCCACUACUACUGAUUCCACGACAACAUCUACUGCCAGCUCUACAACGACAACAGAAAGUGCAACAACAUCUACAGCGAUUCCAACAUCCACAACAACUGAUUCCUCAACAACAUCUACUGCCAGCUCUACUACGACAACCGAAAGUGCAACCACAUCUACAGCUAUUCCAACAUCCACAACGACUGAAUCCACAACAACAUCUACUGCCAGCUCUACAACAACAACAGAAAGUCCAACUACUUCUACAGCAAUUCCAACAUCUACUAUGACUGAUUCCACGACAACAUCUACUGCCAGCUCUACUACGACAACCGAAAGUGCAACCACAUCUACAGCUAUUCCGACAUCCACAACGACUGAAUCCACAACAACAUCUACUGCCAGCUCUACAACGCCAACAGAAAGUGCAACCACAUCUACAGCGAUUCCAACAUCCACAACGACUGAAUCCACAACAACAUCAACCGAAAGUCCAACUUCUACUACAGCGAUUCAAACAUCCACUACUACUGAUUCCACGACAACAUCUACUGCCAGCUCUACAACGACAACAGAAAGUGCAACCACAUCUACAGCCAUUCCGACAUCCACUACGACUGAAUCCACAACAAAAUCUUCUGCCAGCUCUACUACGACAACCGAAAGUGCAACCACAUCUACAGCUAUUCCAACAUCCACAACGACUGAAUCCACAACAACAUCUACUGCCAGCUCUACAACGACAACCGAUAGUCCAACUUCUACUACAACGGUUCCAACAUCCACAACGACUGAAUCCACAACAACAUCUACUGCCAGCUCUACAACAACAACAGAAAGUCCAACUACUUCUACAGCGAUUCCAACAUCCACUACCACUGAUUCCACAACAACAUCUACUGCCAGCUCUACCACGACAACCGAAAGUCCAACUUCUACUACAGCGAUCCCAACAUCCACUACUGCUGAUUCCACAACAACAUCUACUGCCAGCUCUACCACGACAACCGAAAGUCCAACUUCUACUACAGCGAUUCCAACAUCCACUACUACUGAUUCCACGACAACAUAUACUGCCAGCUCUACAACGACAACAGAAAGUGCAACCACAUCUACAGCGAUUCCGACAUCCACUACGACUGAAUCCACAACAACAUCUUCUGCCAGCUCUACUACGACAACAGAAAGUGCAACCACAUCUACAGCUAUUCCAACAUCCACUACGACUGAAUCCACAACAACAUCUACUGCCAGCUCUACUGCGACAACCGAAAGUCCAUCUUCUACUACAGCGAUUCCAACAUCCACUACUAUUGAUUCCACGACAACAUCUACUGCCAGCUCUACUACGACAACCGAAAGUGCAACCACAUCUACAGCUAUUCCAACAUCCACAACGACUGAAUCCACAACAACAUCUUCUGCCAGCUCUACUACGACAACCGAAAGUGCAUCCACAUCUACAGCUAUUCCAACAUCCACAACGACUGAAUCCACAACAACAUCUACUGCCAGCUCUACAUCGAAAACCGAAAGUGCAACCACAUCUACAGCUAUUCCAACAUCCACAACGACUGAAUCCACAACAACAUCAACCGAAAGUCCAACUUCUACUACAGCGAUUCCAACAUCCACUACUACUGAUUCCACGUCAACAUCUACUGCCAGCUCACCUACGACUACCGAAAGUGCAACCACAUCUACAGCUAUUCCAACAUCCACAACGACUGAAUCCACAACAACAUCUACUGCCAGCUCUACAACGACAACCGAUAGUCCAACUUCUACUACAACGGUUCCAACAUCCACAACGACUGAAUCCACAACAACAUCUACUGCCAGCUCUACAACAACAACAGAAAGUCCAAGUACUUCUACAGCUAUUCCAACAUCCACUACCACUGAUUCCACAACAAUAUCUACUGCCAGCUCUAACACGACAACCGAAAGUCCAACUUCUACUACAGCGAUCCCAACAUCCACUACUACUGAUUCCACAACAACAUCUACUGCCAGCUCUACCACGACAACCGAAAGUCCAACUUCUACUACAGCGAUUCCAACAUCCACUACUACUGAUUCCACGACAACAUCUACUGCCAGCUCUACAACGACAACAGAAAGUGCAACCACAUCUACAGCGAUUUCGACAUCCACUACGACUGACUCCACAACAUCUUCUGCCAGCUCUACUACGACAACAGAAAGUGCAACCACAUCUACAGCUACUCCAACAUCCACUACAACUGAUUCCACAACAACAUCUACUGCCAGCUCUACAACAACAACAGAAAGUCCAACUACUUCUACAGCGAUUCCAACAUCCACUACGACUGAUUCCACAACAACAUCUACUGCCAGCUCUACCACGACAACCGAUAGUCCAACUUCUACUACAGCGAUUCCAACAACCACUACUACUGAUUCCACGACAACAUCUACUGCCAGCUCUACAACGACAACCGAAAGUGCAACCACAUCUACAGCUAUUCCAACAUCCACAACGACUGAAUCCACAACAACAUCUUCUGCCAGCUCUACUACGACAACCGAAAGUGCAACCACAUCUACAGCUAUUCCAACAUCCACUACUACUGAUUCCACAACAACAUCUACUGCCAGCUCUACCACGACAACCGGAAGUCCAACUUCUACUACAGCGAUUCCAACAACCACUACUACUGAUUCCACGACAACAUCUUCUGCCAGCUCUACUACGACAACCGAAAGUGCAACCACAUCUACAGCUAUUCCAACAUCCACAACGACUGAUUCCACAACAACAUCUACUGCCAGCUUGACAACGACAACAGAAAGUGCAACCACAUCUACAGCGAUUCCAACAUCCACAACGACUGAUUCCUUGACAACAUCUACAGCCAGCUCUACCACGACAACCGAAAGUCCAACUUCUACUACAGCGAUACCAACAUCCACUACUACUGAUUCAACGAUAAAAUCUACUGCCAGCUCUACCACGACAACCGCGACUACUACAGCGAUUCCAACAUCCACAACGACUGAGUCCACGACAACAUCUACUGCCAGCUCAACAACGACAACCGAAAGUGGAACCACAUCUACAGCUAUUCCAACAUCUACUACGACUGAUUCCACAACAACAUCUACUGCCAGCUCUACUACGACAACAGAAAGUGCAACCACAUCUACAGCUAUUCCAACAUCCACUACGACUGAUUCCACGACAACAUCUACAGCCAGCUCUACCACGACAACCGAAAGUCCAACUUCUACUACAGCGAUACCAACAUCCACUACUACUGAUUCCACGACAAAAUCUACUGCCAGCUCUACAACGACAACAGAAAGUGCAACGACAUCUACAGUUAAUCCAACAUCCACUACGACUGAUUCCACAACAACAUCUACUGCCAGCUCUACCACGACAACCGAAAGUCCAACUUCUACUUCAACGGUUCCAACAUCCACAACGACUUAUUCCAUGACAACAUCUUCUGCCAGCUCAACAACGACAACAGAAAGUGCAACCACAUCUACAGCUAUUCCAACAUCCACUACGACUGAUUCCAUGACAACAUCUACUGCAAGCUCUACCACGACAACCGAAAGUCCAACUUCUACUACAGCGAUUCAAACAUCCACAACGACUGAGUCCACGACAACAUUUACUGCCAGCUCUACUACGACAACCGAAAGUGCAACCACAUCUACAGCGAUUCCAACAUCCACUACGACUGAUUCCACGACAACAUCUACAGCCAGCUCUAAAACAACAACCGAAAUUCCAACUUCUACUACAACGGUUUCAGCAUCCACAACGACUGAUUCCACGACAAAAUCUACUGCCAGCUCUACAACAACAACCGAAAGUGGAACCACAUCUACAGCUAUUCCAACAUCUACUACGACUGAUUCCACAACAACAUCUACUGCCAGCUCUACCACGACAACCGAAAGUGCAACCACAUCUACAGCGAUUCCAACAUCCACAGCGACGGAUUCCGCGACAACCGCCAGUGCCAUUUCUACCACGAUAACCGAAACCGCAACGACUUCCACAGCUAUUCCCACAUCAACAGAUUCUACAACGACUUCCACUGCUAACCCAUCAACGGAUUUCACAACGACGACUGAAAGCCUUACCACAUCUACUGCAAUUCCAACAAGUACUGAUUCUACUACAGUUUUACCCUCUUCGACAACAGCAUCCGAGUCCACCGGCGAAAAUUCUUUUUGCAAAGAAUACCCCGAUAUUCCUAGUUGUCAAUCCUUAAAGUCUCUGAACCUUAAGAAAAGCGAACCUGGACAGUCGGAAGCCUCUAAGGACGAUCCGCCCAUUCCCAACAGCAGCCGGCCUUAUGGCGAGCUAUAA